UGCUGUCAUCAGUGAAAGACAAAGACAGAGUUUAUUGAAGGACAGUGAGAAGAUGAGUGAUCCAGAACCCUGCAGAAUUAAAGAGGAAGAGACUGAAGAACUAAUAGACGUGAUGGUGAAGGAGGAGAGCGAAGAUGAGGAGAAACAUCAUGUCAGAAGUGAAGAAGAAACUCGCACAAAGAUUGAACGUAGCUUUUCAAUGAAAAGAUCAGCUGUAAAAGGUUUGACCUGCACUCAGUGCGGAAAGAGUUUCAGGCGCAAUUACGAUCUCAAGGGUCACGUGAGGACUCACACUGGAGAGAAACCGUUCACAUGUACUCAGUGCGGGAAGAGUUUCACACAACUACCAUACCUUAAUAAACACAUGAGGAUCCACCCUGGGGAGAGACCGCACAAAUGUGAUCAGUGCAGCAAGUUGUUUUAUAUAGUUUCAGAGCUGAAGGAGCAUCUUAGAGUUCAUACAAAGGAGAAACCUUCAUGCUCUGAGUGUGGAAAGAGUUUUACACGACGGUCAAGUUUAAGGAGACAUCAGAAGAUCCACAGUGGUGUGAAAGAGUUUGUCUGCUCUGAGUGUGGGAAGAGUUUUAUUACAGCUGCACACUUGAGAUUGCACCAGAUGAUUCACACUGGAGAGAAACAGUACGUGUGUUCACACUGCGACAAGAGAUUCGGUCACUUAAGUGUACUGAAAGUACAUGAGAUGACGCACACUGGAGAGAAACCGUUCACGUGUAUUCAAUGUGGGAAGAGCUUCACGCAAUUAUCAAACCUUCAUCAGCACAUGCUGAUCCACACCGGAGAGAAAAAACACAGAUGUGAUCAGUGCGGCAAGACAUUUCUGAGGCCUUACGAGUUGCAGAAACAUCUUAGAGUUCAUACAAAGGAGAAGCCGUAUUCAUGCUCUGAGUGUGGAAAGAGUUUUACACGGCUGGCAUAUUUAAAUGUACAUCAGCAGAUCCACACUGGCGUGAGGGAGCAUGUGUGCUUUGAGUGUGAGAAGAGUUUUAUCACAGCUCGAGACUUGAAACGACACCAGAUGACUCACACUGCAGAGAGACCUCAUGUGUGUUCGCACUGCAACAAAGCAUUUAGGGAUUUAGGAUGUCUAAAAUCACACAUAAAGAUCCACUCUGGAGUGAAACCACACAGAUGUGAUCAGUGCGGCAAAACAUUUUUGAGGGCUACACAUCUGAAGGACCAUCUUAGAGUUCAUACAAAGGAGAAACCUUAGUCAUUCUUUAAGACUUUCACACAUUAAUGAAAUUCGCCUUCUUGAAAACUCUCCUCUGUAUUCACAAACACCAGAUAUCACGGUUAAACGUGUGUAGGUUAGCAUAAUCCCUGCCUAGGGCUCAGCAAAAGCUUCAAUUCUCGUGCACAUGCUAGUGUCUCAUGCACAAUGUCUCACACACACUAUACUAUAUGUCAGUGGUCACCAAACUUGUUCCUGGAGGGCCGGUGUCCUGCAGAUUUUAGCUCCAACCCUAAUCAAACACACCUGAACAAGCUAAUCAAGGUCUUACUAGGUGUACUUGAAACACCCAGCCAGGUGUGUUGAGGCAAGUUGGAGCUAAACCCUGCAGGGACACCGGCCCUCCAGGACCGAGAUUGGUGACCCCUGCUCUAUGUAAAAGCCAGAAGCUUUUUUUCUGACUGCAACAGAUGAUCAACAGUAAAAAUGACUAAUUUUACCCUCCCAAUAGGGAAAACCACCAAUAAUCAAGAAUGCAUGAUAUGCUAUCAUAGACUUUGCAAUCAAAAAAUGUCAUUAUAAUGGAAGUCAAUGCAGGAAAAACAGCCCCCAACAUAACCAAAGGGGAAUCAGUUUGAGUGUAUCGUUGAGUUUUAGAACAAUUCCAAGCAUUUUUUCCCAAAAUAUGCCAAAAAAUAAGAUUCGUCAACAAAAAUCAUUCCAUUUGCUGACACACAGAGGAAGCUGUGGCCAAAUUAAGCCUCCAAAUCAGCCCGGACUGGAUGAAAACAUCCCCAAUCAUCAACCGGUUUCUCAGAGGAUGACAAGCUGACAAAACAUUGCUGUCACUCUGAUACAAGUUUUUAUUAUGGAGAAAUUAAAAAGGACUGCAGUGUUUGGGUGCUCGUUGUUUGUCUGAGAUAAUCAGUCAACCGAAAUGUGUAUAUUCCAAGCUGAAGCACAAGUGGUUUCCGUAAUACUGGUUUAUUUGAUGGCUUUUCCCCCAAAUCCACCGUGAAAAACUAAAGAAUAAAUACAAAACAAAUGUAAACAAACAAACCUUAGAAACUUCAAACACAAAAUACUAAUAUAAAGCACAAUACCUCGUCGACUGCAUGCUGUAUGAAUACUCUUUCAAUCUCUUGUUCAAGCAUGGGCAUUGCUAGGCUUAUUUUAGGGGGGCUGUAGCUCAUCCCCCUAAAAUUUUUGCGAUUAGCUCCUAAACUAUACACUAAAUUAUCGCCUCAGUCCUCUUUAAAUUUGAAAUGAAAACAGCGGCAGAAUUUGUCUCCUCCCCGUAUUUUGUUUUCCAUUUGAUCAGCGAACCACAGCUGUGCAGAUAUUGCAGCUAUUGAAAUCUUUUUGGCUCGAAACUUCCGGUCUCAUUCACUUCCAUUCAUUUUUAAACGUUAAAAACAGCUCGUUUUGCUGCUUGAUGUUGCAAACUGACGUUUUCUUAUUAUAUUAUUCUACUUUGUCUGUAUAGUCAUGAAAACACUUGCGUGUAGAGCCAGUAGUUUGACCGUUUUCUGCCGUUUAUUAUUCCUAGUCAUUUCUCCCAUAGGCAACUGAAUCGGAAGUUCUAAAACAAUCGCACAAACCAGCGCACUUCCGCAUCGAAGAAUAAGGUCAAUACCAUACAGUCUUGCACAGAAAAGAUUAAACACAAUGACAGAAACAUUUAGUGAAUGUACUCAUUUUAACUGUCAGGGUCACAGAAUAGAAACAUCAUGUGUUGUCUUGUAUUAAAAUAUAUAUUUAUUAUUUAUUAUUAUGACUCAGAUUGUUACAUGUGUGAAUUAGCCUGUAGGUUUAAACAAAUAUUUAUAUUUAUGCCAUUUAAUUAGAAAAGUGGCAGUUUUAUUUAUUUAAUACAUGGAAACAUUUAAUUAAUAAUAUUUAUUUAAUUAAAUAUAUAUUUAAUGCAUUGUACUAGUAAACGGGCAUGUUGAGCCUAUUUGGCUUAUUCAGAACUCAAAUUGCUAUGCUUGUCUAUAUAAUAGAGUGCUAGUUUAGCAUACAACCUUACCAUAUUAGUCAAAUUAAAUUAUUGUAUUACUAUUAAAUUAUUACUUAUAAAUGUAAUA